CCUGGUGAUGACAGAGUGAGACUCCAUCUAAAAAAAAAAAAAAAAAAAAAAAAGAAGUAGCUAUUAAUUGAAGGUCUGAGGGAAUAGCUAUAUCCAGUUGUUUUUUUGCUAUUGGUAGAAAUUUUUUUAAAAAAGAAAUUUCCCUAACCCGAGUCUUUCAAAUCUGAGUAAUAUGGGAAUGUGGUAAAUGGUUUCUUCAUGCGUAAUAGUGCUGUACCAAGGCUGUCCUUGCUGUUCUUACUGUCUACCACCCCUUGGAAACAAUUUUGUAAAUAUUAAAUGUACCGGAUUUCUUACUCAAUCUUUCGUAGGAUAAUGUGCCAAUAGUAUAUUAAUUUGAAAAAUCCUGUCAUCUAGGAACAUAACGAAGACUGGUUAAUUUUACAAAAUCUCAGAAAUGAAAGUAACAUUAGGAGUUCAAGUGAUUAUUAGAUUAGUUAAAACAACAAUGGGAAAAAGAUGAAUGAAAAUCUAUAAAAUGCUUAUAGGUAGGAACAGAAAUGAACUGAAAAAAAGUUUGUUGUGGAGGUUAUUAACAAAGCUUUUUGUAGUGGUAAUUAAUAUUCCCCAUGACAGUAUCUUGAAAAUAAAAUAUAAGCCUCUUUUGUAGAGAUUGUAUUUUUUACAUAAUCUCAUCUGUUUUAUGGUGACUGACAAUAGUAAUUCAUUAAAAAUUUGUUGGUAAGUAUGACUCAAAGUAUUGCUGAUGAAAGAGUUUUUAAUUAGAAACACUCACCUGAGCAUUUUGAAUUAACGAAGAAGCAGCAACUUAUGAUCUUACUAAGUAGAGUCUUAGGUUUUAGUGCUGGGGAUAAAGCUUAGAAUCUUGGAUUUGAUUUGGAGUUGAUUUUAUAGCCAGAGUGGAAGCUAUGUUUUUCCUUACCUGCUGAGGUUAGAAUUGGUCCACAUCUAGUUCUUGCUGUGAUAUACUCAGUAGACCAUGCAGAUUAACGUGGUUAGAGUUGUAUAAAUAUGGUAGAAUAUUUAAGUCUCUGAAUGCGCUUCAGAAAAUACAGUUGCAAUGAAGCAAUUUUUAGAACCACAGUUGUAGGAUUUUUAAUUCAGCUUCAUAGUGAUUAGUUGAGAAAGUUUUAUUACUAUCAAACUGCCCUGGAGUCUUGAAUCUUCUUGCAUUCGGUGGAAAUUACAUCUGCAUGUCAAGUGAAGGCCUUGUUGGGGGUUCUUAGUUCACUCCACUUAGCACAAACUGCUGCUCUCCUGAGAAGCCAGCACUGAUGGUCUGCCUGGACAGCCACAGGUAUCAGAACUUCUCUGGGAGGGACACUCCUUGGUUGAUAGCACUCCAAAAAAAUAAGUGCCUUCUUACAAGAUUAGAAUGGAUGCCUGGUCGCUUCUGCUGUCACACUUUCACAGGCUCUGCAGAUAUCACUACCAAGCCUCUUAUUUUAUUCUUCUGACUCUAGAUACCUAUAGGGUCCAUUUGUUAUUGUAUAGUAUCUCUAUUUCCAUUAGGAUUUAAUUUUUAAAAAGUGAAAUAGCCAUUUUCUAUUUGAUGUCACUUAGGUUUAAAUUAAUGUGGUUGACGUGGAAUUUGCAUCCGAUUUAUUUAUUUCCUGAUAGUAACUUAUCUGUGUUCUCAGAACGCCUUAUAAGAACAAGGCUAAAACAUUAGCUUGGAUUUGAGCAUCCCUCCAAUGCUGAUUAUUUUAUUUCCAUGUAUAGGAGAGAACACUGAGACUAUGAGAAGUUAAAUAAACCCAUUUAAUUUAAACAACUAGUAAGUGGUGGAAUCAGGACUUACCCCGAGGACUGUCUGACUCCAAUGCUAUUUUCCAGCACACUAAACACUUGAGUCUUUCUAAAGGGAGUAUUUGAAAAGAAAGAAAGAUGUCCCACUUUUUAAUUUCUGUCUUAAACUUUACCAUUUUGGAUUCUUUAUAAAUUCCACUAGGACAUACGAACGAUUUCAGAUGACCAGUUACUUAUUUGUGCAUAGCAUAUUCAAAGUGAUUUUCUGGUUAAAAUAUAGCUAGACAUCAAUUUCUUUACUAGUGUCAGGGCAGGUCUUUUCUUGAAGAUAGUAAGAAUCAGUCCCAUUGUGCUUGGGAGGAAAAAAGAAGUCUGAUCCCUUCCGUCGAGAAAGAGAUACUUCUGAGACACUUCAGUACAUAAAACCACAAGGAAACAGCUUGGGAGUAAACACUUCAUAUACCUCGUGUUCCAAAGUUGUAUGUAAAUCAAAUUCUAGUUUAAACGUUUGGCAAUCAGAACCAGUUGACGAGUGCUGAAGGGAAGCAUUCAUCAAUUGGUUCUGAUUGCCAAACGUUUAAACUAGCUUUUGGGAAGAUGAUUCAUCACCUGUUAAUUUACCUUCGUAUUUUUACAUAUCUGAUCUGCUUAAAACAAGAUAUGUUUACAUAAUACAUAACAUCGGUAUAAUUACAUCAGAAAUAUUGUUUGCCUCUUGGCUGCGUUUGUAACUCUCACCUGGUUGUUGUUGUAGUCGGUACUUUCCCACAAUUUAUGAAGGCCCAGUGACAAGGAGGUCAUGUUGAAUCUCGGCUGUUCUCUAUCUGUAGCCCUCUAUUUCCAGCCCCUUCCGUGGUGAUUCUCAUGUUAGUGUGCAUCAGAAUUUCCUGGGGUGUUGGUUCGAAAUUCAGACUUAUGGGUCCUAUGCUCAGAGAUAGAUUCAGUGGGUUUAGGGUAGUCCCAGAAGUCGCAUUUUGAACACACAGCCCCAGGGGAUUCCGAUUGCUUUCAGAUGCCACUUGGAGCAGCAGCACAGUCAGAGCUCCCGAGUCCAACAGCGCUAACAGGUAUCGAUCUGAGUCUAACAGCAAUGACGGGUAUCAGCCCCAAUCUAACAGCGAUGACGGGUAUCAGCCCCGAGUCUAACAGCAAUGAUGGGUGUCAAUCCCAAAUCUAACAGUGAUGAUGAUGUCGGCCCCAGUCUAACAGCGAUGACGGUGUCAAUCCCGAACCUAACAGUGAUGACGAUGUCGGCCCCCAGUCUAACAGCGAUGACAGGUGUCAAUCGCGAAUCUAACAGUGAUGACGAUGUCGGCCCCCAGUCUAACAGCGAUGACGGUGUCAAUCCCAAAUCUAACAGUGAUGAUGAUGUCGGCCCCCAGUCUAACAGCGAUGACGGUGUCAAUCCUGAAUCUAACAGUGAUGACAAUAUCGGCCCCCAGCCUAACAGCGAUGACGGUGUCAAUCCCGAAUCUAUCAGUGAUGAUGAUAUCAGCUCCCAGUCUAACAGCGAUGACGGUGUCAAUCCCGAAUCUAACAGUGAUGAUGAUAUCAGCUCCCAGUCUAACAGCGAUGACGGUGUCAAUCCUGAAUCUAACAGUGAUGUUGAUGUCGGCCCCGAGUCUAACAGCGAUGUCGGGUGUCAGCCCCGAGUCUAACAGCGAUGACGGGUGUCAAUCCCGAAUCUAACAGUGAUGACGAUAUCGGCCCCCGGUCUAACAGUGACGAUCGGUACUGGCCCUGAGUCUUAAGAGCGAUGACAGUUAUCGACCUCAAUUCUAACAGCAGAGAUGGGGAUGACAUGGGUAUCAACUAUACACAACGGCCCCAAUGAAGCUUGGGCUCCUUCAGCUGUUCCUCACCGGCACCUAGUUUUCUAAAGGCUGCUCCACCCCUCUUCUGGAAUCAGUGAGAAGGAAGGUAGCCUUGUCUCAGCUGCCGUCAUUCUUUGAACGUUGGGGGUUUUAAAUUCUUUUUUUGUGUUGUAUGACACAAGGGUCCUGGUUUCAGACACAGCUACAGGGCCUCACCAGGACUAGCUGGAAUAGCUGCCCACUUCACCGAGGUGGAAGAAGGCGUUUCCAGACUCCAGCGUAGAUCUCGCUUAUGGAUCACUAAACAAAUGCCAUUUCAUUUGCCAUACAACCUUGUUAUGACAGUCUUG